GCGGAAAGCUCCGCUUAUUUGGACAUCCGAUCCAGGGCAUGGAUCUGUGCUCAAUUCAGGUUGCUCGGACAUAGACGUGUUAGUGCCCGCGUCCUGCGAAAUCCGGGGGCCGAGGCUCGUAGCCCAGCCACAGGCUCACAGCAUCCAAAACAUCAAGCCUUCUCCAACCUUGAGUCCUCAUCCCGCGCAUCUUCAUCAACACCCCACAAUGAGCCAUUCCGACACAGAGAAGAAAGCGAAAGCGGGAAUACCUGCAUGGCAGAUCAAAGCAUCUGAAGAGGCAAGACCAGAGGAACCUCCGGCGCAGAAAGAGGAGAGUCGCGAGGUGGUGAUUGCACAGGCGCAGAAGUUCCUAGAGGAGGACGAAGUCCGAGAUGCCUCUACCGAUAAGAAGAUUGCUUUCUUGGAGAGUAAGGGGCUAGGAAACGAAGAAAUACAGGAGCUGCUAGGUAUUGCGAGGAAUACAGAGGCUAGCAAUACUUCAGAAACUUCAGCAGCAUCACCACCUCCGCCAUCGACACAGACACAGACAUCUCCCCCGCUUCCACAACCAGGAUACUCUCCUCCACAAUACCAAGCACCUUCUCAACCGCCCAUAAUAACAUAUCCUGAAUUCCUCACCACGCCACCUCACCCAACACCUCUAAUAACCAAACCCCGCCUCCUCACAACCCUCUACGCAUUCUCUGGCCUCACAGCCCUCUUAUACGGGACACACAACUAUCUGAUCACCCCAAUGCUCGCCUCUCUAACCGAAGCCCGCCUCUCCUUCGCCUCAACAUCCAAAACAAACCUCGAUAAACUGAUAUCACAACUCGAAGGCGUAGUGUCCGAAGUCCCAACCAAUACACGAAACAAGGGAACUGGCGAGGCAGACGACGAGAGUGAAAGCGACGAAGACCCUACCGAGCUCUUCCACCGUGACAUCGGUAUCCAAACCUCACCAUUCAUAUCUCGGCCCUCUUCGCCAGUCGACACUUCACCAGUUAACGGCCACACCUUACGUCUCGAAAGCCUCAAAGCAACACUCGACGGGCUGGUAGAAGAUAGUUCUAGCGAAGGGGCGGAGACUGCUGAGUUAGAGGGCACGAUGGGCAUCCUACGGGAGUAUCUGGAUGAGCUGGCGUUUGUGCAGCCGAGUUACAGUUAUGGUGUUAAUGGGUAUGGAGGGGGUGGGAGGACGGGGAAGGAUGAUGAUGAUGAAAUUGGGAAGGUGAAGAAGGAGAUUAGGGGGGUCAAGGGUGUGUUGCUUAGUGCAAGGAGUUUUCCGGGGGUGGUGAGGGUUGGAGGGGCGAGGUAAAGUACUAUAUGUUCGUCAGACAAUGUAAUGAUAUUUAACAAAACACGUUUCCUGCACAUUAGCCUUCCAGCUUGCGAACUAUCUCUCAGAUGUCUUAUCUUACGGAUGGGAUGCCAUGGAUACCAUGCUCUAUGCCUCGAUUGCCUGCUGCAAGCGGCUACCAAUAUUCAGCAUCUUCUCGUUUUUUUCUAGCUAACGACGUUUUCCAGCACGUCAACUUUCCCCCUACAAAUAUGUUGAGACUUCCAGUAUCGUUGUCCUCACCUACGGUACACUUAUGUAGUUUGGACCAUUUACCCUCGUGGCAAGUCAUCCAAGUAUAUCAGUCUAUCAAGUCAAAAGUUUCUGCUGCAA